AAGAAAUUUGUAUAAAUUAGUAUAAUUAUGUCAAAGAAAAAAAGAGAUCAUGAUUGGGGAGAAAAUGGUUUCGAAGAUUGGGGCGGUUAUAUGGCUGCAAAGAAAGCUAAAUUGGAGGAACAGUUUCGCGAUACAGCCAGCAAAGAGUUUAAAGAAUCAUCGAAACUGUUUGAAGGAAUUGCAAUAUUUGUUAAUGGUUAUACAAAUCCAACAUCGGAUGAGUUGAGACGUCUAAUGAUGAUGCAUGGAGGAAUAUAUCAUCAUUAUAUGCAUCCUAAAAUCACGACUCAUAUCAUAGCAUCUAAUCUGCCAUACUCUAAAAUAGUGUUAUAUAGAAAAAGUCAGAAUCCAAUUCCUAUCUGCAAACCACAAUGGAUCAUUGAUAGCAUAGCAGCUGGAAAGAUUUUGAAUUUUCAAAAUUAUUUACUUUAUUCUAAUAGUACUAAUUUACAGCCUCAGUUGGUAUAUAAAUUAAAUAAUAAAGAUAAUGCUAGUUUAAUCAUGCACAAUAAACAGAAUAUUGAGAAGCCUGAAGCUUCAGCAAACACUGUUUGCAAAGAAACAGAUAUAAAUAAUAAAAAUAUAUCAAAACACGAUGUGUGUAAGGAUGCAUUGAAACAAGACUCAAACAACUCUUGUCAAUCUUCAAAUACAAAAAUAAGUGCGCAGUCUACAAGGGAUGCUGAGUUUCUGUCAACGUUUUACAGUAACUCGAGAUUGCAUUAUAUUUCUACCAUGGGAACUAUGUUUAAAGAUUAUGUGAACGAGUUAAGAGAUAAAAGCGACGGAAUUUUUUCCGGUCUUGAACGUUUAAUAAAAUUAAAAAACACCAAGAAUGCAUCAACUUCAGUUACUUGCGAAUCAGAAUCCGAAGAUGAGACAAUUUGUUUUACAGAUAAAGUUACAGGUAAAGUGAACCAUAAGCAAAAACCUAUUAUAAUGCAUAUUGACAUGGAUUGCUUUUUUGUAUCGGUGGGAAUCAGAAAUAAACCGGAAUUGCAAAGUGUACCGAUAGCGGUAACGCACGCAAAAGGCAACAAGUUUUCAGCGAAUUACGACGGCAAGGAAGAGUUUGGAUCGAUGUCAGAAGUAGCUUCGUGCUCGUACGCAGCAAGAAAGGCUGGCGUGAAGAAUGGCAUGUUUCUGGGAGAGGCGUUAAAACUGUGUCCAAAUUUGAAGACAAUUCAGUACGAUUUCGAGGGUUACAAAGAAGUUUCGUACACACUGUAUGACACCGUGGCAUCUUACACUUUAGAUAUCGAAGCAGUAAGCUGCGACGAAAUGUAUGUUGAUUGUACGAAAAUUCUUGAAGCAUCUGGACUUUCACCAUUAGAGUUUGCUACUAUAAUUAGGAAUGAAAUAAAGCAGAAAACAGAUUGUCCGGUAUCCACGGGAUUUGGUAAUAACAAGUUACAAGCGAGAUUGGCGACGCGAAAAGCUAAACCUGAUAAUCAGUUUUAUCUCAACGAUAAGAAUACAGAGACAUAUAUUCAAACUUUUAAUAUAAGAGAUUUAUCAGGAGUUGGCGGAACAACGACUUAUAAGUUACAUAAAAUGAAUGUUCAUAUAUGUGAAGAUUUGCAGAAGAUCUCGUUGAGAGUGUUGCAAAAAGAAUUUGGUAAAAAGUUGGGAGAGCAGUUAUACAAGAUGUGCCGUGGAUUAGACGACACAAAGCUGAAUCUGGAAUAUGUUCGAAAAUCUGUAUCGGCGGAAGUUAAUUAUGGCAUAAGAUUUCAGAAUAAUGGCGAUGCUAUCGAUUUUUUGAGUGAAUUAUCUGUGGAGGUGUGUAAUCGAUUGACAGCAGCUCGUGCAAAAGGUAGAUGCAUCACGCUAAAAUUGAUGAUCAGAGCUGAGGAAGCACCCAAGGAAACCGCAAAGUUCAUGGGUCAUGGUCUUUGCAAUUAUAUAACAAAAUCGAAAAAUCUUAUAGCAGCUGUUGACGAUAUUAGUAUCAUCAAAAAGGAAGUUAUAAGUAUUUGGAAUCAGUUGGAUUUAAUACCCGAAGAUAUGAGAGGAAUUGGAAUACAAAUAUCCAGAUUAGAAAUAUGUAAGACUAAGCAAGCUAAAAGUAGUUUAAUCAACUUCUUUAAUAAAACGAAAAAAAUACAACAACCGUGUGAUAAAAUGUUGGGAGAUGAUAAUGAAGAUUGUAUCUCAGUCGAGAAAUCUAAACCGGAUUGCUCUAAAGUGCCUUCAACAGAACCGUCAACAGCAAUAAAAGAAAAUUGUGAUACAGAAAUUAGUAAUUUGCCGUUGAAAUUGGUAAAAUCUUCUGAAUCAAUCGGUAUAACAAUGCCAGUCGAACCGUCGGUGAUAGCAACUAAAUCAAAGAAUAACAAGUUACACAAUCCUAAGAUAAAUGAAAAUAUUACUAAAGUGAAGGAUUUAUUUGGAAAAUCCAAUAAGAAAGCAAUGCAAAAGCAGACGUCUCAAGAGAAUUUCUUUAAACAAGUAAAACCGAAUAGCGGAAGAUCAUCGAAAUAUGAUAUACCACGAAUACAAGAUAUCGAUAUGUCCGUGUUAAUCGAAUUGCCCGCAGAUAUAAGAAAUGAGAUAUUUGACGAAUUUAAAAGAAAUAAGAAACAAGCUAGUAUGAAUACGGAUCGGGUAAAUCAAGUUUUGCAUGACGAAGAAACUUCAAAUGUACAGAAUUGUUCGCAAGUUGAUCCGGAUGUUUUAUCAGCUUUAAUGAAAGACGAUUUGCAUCCCGAUGUGCAACGCGAUGUGCAGAUGUACUGUGAUAUGAAAAGAGAAGCGAAUAAAGUUAAUUUGAACGAAAUAAAUAAAAAAAGCGAUAGUGAGCAAUUGAAAGAAACGGAUGCCUCUUUAAAGAUCAGUGAUAAUUAUAGAAAUAAAGAGAACGCAAUACCUAAUGUAAAUAGCACUUGUAUAGAUGAAGCCAAACGUAUACUAGAAAAGAACGCAAUGCAUGAAAAGGAUCAACUGUAUGAAAAAGAUGCUGUCGAAGCAACAUCUACAUCGAAUCAAAUCGAUCACGUUGAUAGUUCAUACAAUAAUGUUACGAUAGAUAAAGCCGAUACCUUUAUUUUACAGAAUUUAAGUAUUUUACAUAACAAUGAGAACGUAGAUAAACAUCAGGAAAUGUUGAUUAAUCUUGUGAAUCAUCUCUUCACCCUUCCAUUACAACAGGUAAAACUGCAAAUACAAACAUGGGUUACUAAAUCUAAUGUCGUGAAUGAAGUAGACUUCCUGUCACUAGCGGCGUUUCUUAGCAUGCUUCCAGAAAAGAAACGUAUCGAAGAUUUACAUGUCCUAUUGAAAACCAUGUAUAGAUGUACAACGAAAACUGGGAACUGCAUUUGGCAUAAAACAUAUAGAAGAACCGUGAAACAUGUUCAACGUUAUAUGCAGAUCGAAUACAACAACAAUAUAAUGGUACCGUUGAUCAGAUGUAAUGAUCCGAGAUGUAAUAACGAUAAUUGAAUUCGAAAUUCGUAAAUUUAAUAAAUUAAAUUUCUACUAAUGAGUGUGUAAUAUAAGAAAUCUAUUUACAAGCAAAUGUGAUAUCUUUAAUUUCAAUUGAACGCAAUACCGUUCUUUAUCUAGAGAAGCUAGUAAUACACGACUCGUUUAAUGUAUGCCUUUGGAAAAGUUUGCUCGGUCUUGUAUAAAUUAGUAAGAAGUCAACCUCGAA